UCCCAAAAGAAACACAGAAUCAUUAUUAUUCCCCUCUUCAAAUCUUUCGUCCCCUUGUGCAUUUCGCUUAAAAGUUGGAACCCAAAAUCGUAAAAAGUUUUGACCUUUUCUCAUUUUUUUGUUUGCAUUAAUGGCUUACCAAAAUUUGUGAGCUCUUGAACUAAAGACCCUCUCUUUCUUAUUCUUUCUUACGGUUUUGUGUUUGGAGCAAUGAAGAAGCCCAAACUCGAAAACUCCGCCUCACAGAGUCGAUUCGGGCUUGUUCACUCCCUAUUAGCUCUUCUCCUCUUUUACUUCCUCUGCAUCAGCUUCCAAAUCCCUUCCGGGUCUGAUGACGUGUCUUCCUUUGACGCAUUGCCGAGACAGAUGCUUGUCGGUACGGAAACAAACCGAGCUCCUGUCGGAGAAGAAGAAGGAAAUAAACCGGGUCGGGUUAAUCGGGUGGGUCACGCCCAGCUUCGCUCCCCGGAGCAUAAAGUUCGAGACUUUAAAACCGUCUCCGAACUCUUCUCCAACGAGACCUUCUUCGCCGGCGGCGAUGAGUUCUCCGUCUUCUACAAAACGGCGAUCUCGACGGGGAAGAAAAUGUGGGACGGGCUCGAUUCCGGUUUAGUAACCAAACCGGAAGAAACCAACCCCCGGAAUGAGAAAUGUCCGGAUAUGGUUUCGGUUAACGGGCCCGAGUUCGUGAACCGGAGCAAGGUGUUGGUUUUGCCGUGCGGGUUAACGCUGGGGUCUCAGGUAACCGUCGUGGCGACGCCGCACUGGGCGCACGCGGAGAAAGGUGAUAAGACGGUGAUGGUGACGCAGUUCAUGAUGGAGUUGCAGGGGUUGAAGGCGGUGGAGGGGGAAGAUCCGCCUCGGAUCCUCCAUUUCAACCCGAGGAUUAGAGGUGAUUGGAGUGGGAGGCCAGUGAUUGAGCAGAACACUUGUUAUCGUAUGCAGUGGGGCUCUGCUUUACGAUGCGAUGGGCGUGAGUCUAGUGAUGAGGAGGAAGAUUCUGUUGAUGGAGAGGUGAAAUGUGAGAGGUGGAAGAGGGAUGAUGAUGGUGAUGAUGAGUCAAAGAACACAUGGUGGUUGAAAAGGCUAAUGGGUGGGAGGAAGAAGAUAACACAUGAUUGGCCAUACCCUUUUGAAGAAGGGAAGCUCUUUGUCCUUACCCUUAGAGCUGGGAUGGAAGGUUAUCACAUCAGCGUUAAUGGAAGACAUAUCACGUCUUUCCCUUACAGAACCGGGUUUGUUCUAGAGGAUGCUACUGGAUUAGCAGUGAAGGGGAACAUUGAUGUGCAUUCGAUAUACGCUUCAUCUUUACCCUUCACAAACCCGAGUUUCGCGCCGCAAAAGCAUCUUGAGAUGCAAAGCAUAUGGAAAGCUCCUGCGUUAUUACCUGAGAAGCCUGUAGAGCUCUUCAUUGGGAUCCUCUCUGCUGGUAACCAUUUUGCAGAGAGAAUGGCUGUGAGGAAGUCAUGGAUGCAGCAUAAGCUAGUCAGAUCCUCGAAAGUUGUCGCCCGGUUUUUCGUGGCAUUGCACGCAAGAAAGGAAGUCAAUGUGGAUCUAAAGAAAGAAGCUGACUACUUUGGUGAUAUUGUGAUAGUACCGUACAUGGAUCAUUACGACCUCGUUGUGCUCAAGACCGUUGCCAUCUGCGAAUAUGGGGUUAGCACAGUGGCGGCAAAGUAUAUAAUGAAAUGUGACGAUGAUACGUUUGUGCGAGUGGAUGCUGUUAUCCAGGAAGCAGAGAAGGUUAAAGGAAGAGAUAACCUUUAUAUUGGAAACAUUAACUUCUACCAUAAGCCUCUGCGCACUGGGAAAUGGGCUGUGACAUAUGAGGAAUGGCCAGAAGAGUAUUAUCCUCCCUAUGCUAAUGGUCCCGGUUACAUCUUGUCAUAUGAUAUAGCUAAGUUCAUCGUCGAUGAUUUUGAGCAGCAGAGAUUAAGAUUAUUCAAGAUGGAAGAUGUGAGCAUGGGAAUGUGGGUGGAGAAGUUCAACGAGACUAGGCCAGUGGCGGUGGUUCACAGCCUCAGGUUCUGCCAGUUCGGAUGCAUAGAAGACUACUUCACCGCUCAUUAUCAGUCGCCACGGCAGAUGAUUUGCUUGUGGGAUAAGCUGCAGAGACUUGGGAAGCCCCAGUGCUGCAACAUGAGAUGACUUUACAUUGUUUUUUAUUUUUUGCCGGAUUCAUUUGAAAAGAAAAUGAAUACGCAGAUGUGUUGAGUUUAUGGAGCUAACUGCUUUAGAUCUCUGUAUAGAACAAUCUAUAAUGUAUCUAUAUAUAUGAUAUAAGGAAGAGCUCUUGAAAAGUUGACAG